GACCGUUAUAAGUUAUACAUAACACUCGUGCGGCCUGUUUUGUUUCUAAUUAAUAAUACUAUGUUGCUUUGGUGGUUUUGGUUGUUUGGAAUUGCCCAUAUCGUACUUGCCAAUGAAAGAUCAUUCGGAGAGUACAUCGUGUUUGGACCAUCGCACUUCAUAUUGGACGCUCUUCGUUUGCCUAACGAUACCCUUUGUGAUCGACAGCUCAAGGCAGUGGUUACUGGUUUGAAAGCAAAAGAAAUCUGGUCAUUUGAAUUCGCAGAUGCAUGGGGUAAGUGGCCAUCAGGCGUGCUAGCCGGCAACCUCUACGAACUGGGUAACUAUGAUCAAUGUGUUGGUCUGCGACAUGACACUGGCGUCCAUGUGGGGCACGGUAUCAUUGAGGGAGCAUACUGUUUGCUGAGCAUACCCCUCGAGCAUAUACUACCUGUUCCUACGCAACGUAUCAUGCCGGGCACAGCCAGAGGUCCAUGGACAGUUCACCUAGGAUCUUGUCUACCGACAACCUGCAGUGCAGCACAAUUUCUGAAGAUACUUAAUGAGACCUAUCCUGCCUUGCCGGCCCCUCAUAUGGUGUGCAACUCAAUACCGCCUUCGAUUGGCACUGUUCAAUACGUCGCUAUAUUCAUAUUUGCUCUGAUCGGAUUAUUGGUGCUUGUGAGUACGGCGUACGAUACACUAGUACGGUGGGUCAGGCUUAAACCUCGGUACAACCUGGUCAUCUUUUCGCUGUAUUCAAAUGCUUUGAAAUUAUUUGCAACUACCAACCGCCGCGACUUAGGAAACGAAACAGGCAAACCCAGCACUAUCGAGUGUAUCAAUGGAAUACGCGUACUCUCAAUGAUUUGGGUCGUUUUUAGUCAUAACUAUGUACGCAUCGGAAUGAUACCACUAGUUAACUCCCACGUGAUUCUCACGUGGAUCCAGUCCUAUCACAGCAUGCUAGUCGUGGCAUCCACCGUUUCUGUCGAUACAUUUUUCCUUAUCAGUGGACUUCUCACCUGUUGGAGUAUCCUGAACGAGCUGGAUCGGAACGGCAGACUUAAUUUACCGUUAAUGUACUUGCAUCGGUACCUCCGAUUAACACCAGCCUUAGCCGCUUUAAUCCUAUUCUCUGCCACACUAAUGCGCUACAGUGGCUCGGGUCCAUUUUGGGACGGCGCCAUGUCCCUAACUGCUGAUACAUGCCGCGACUACUGGUGGUCAGCUCUCCUCUACGUACAGAACUACGUUAACCCUCGCGACAUGUGCCUUGGGCACUCCUGGUAUCUGUCAGUGGAUAUGCAGCUUUAUCUCAUUUCACCUUUUCUAGUCUACCCACUGUGGCGUUGGGGCCGUAGAAUUUUGCUUGUUCUAGGAGCGCUGUUGCUUACUUCGAUGGUCACUGUGUUCGUACUGUUUCUCAUGCACAACCUGCGUCUUUCGUUCCUUGCGGUGGACUCCGACCGUGUUCGACAUUCGUACACAUACUACCCAACUCAUACACGUAUGGGCGCGUGGCUAGUGGGGCUCGCUUACGGAUAUACCCUCCAGCGUACCCGUAAAUAUCGCGUGAAAAUGUCACCAUUGGCUGUGUCCGUCGGAUGGACGGCAGCCUCGGGUGCCAUGUUGACCAUCCUACUUGCGGCCUAUCCUCUACAUCAGACAGAUUACGAAAAUUUACCGAUCAUCGCCGACGCCACGUACGAAGCACUCAACCGUGUCGCUUGGGCUGCAGCCGUCGGAUGGAUCAUCUUCGCCUGCGUGAACGGGUACGGCGGUGCUGUCGAUCACUUUCUUGGAGCAACCGUAUGGCAACCACUGGGGCGUCUCUCCUACUCGAUCUAUUUGCUACACCUUCCCAUCCAGUUGAUGAUGAGUGGAUCCGCCCGACACUCCUUCUAUUUCAGUGAUUUACUUGCCGCGUAUCAGUUUUGGGGAGACAUCGGAUUUACUUUAACACUUGCAGUAUUCUGGACACUGCUGUUUGAGUCGCCGGUGAUCGGACUGGAGAAAGUACUGUUUGGCCGGGUUAGACGAAACUCUGACCGACAACCAUCAAGAAUUGCACAGACCGCCAAUUCAAUUACGGAUAGCCGGGAUAUGACUCCGAAAUCUUGUACUGAUCGAUGCGAUUUUAGAAAAUUCAGAAACAGAAAGCUAUCUAUAUAAUAAGUACAUUGCCCACAAGUUAUCACCGUAAUGACUGAUGAUGAUAUUAGGAAUGAAUAUUUCUCAGUAAUUAAUAUUUUCGAUUCGGCUAGUUCGAUUUUAAAUGCAUUACGAGAAAAGAUACCAAUGAAAAAAAAAUUCCACAUCAAAUUCCAUAAAAGUUCUUAAGAAUUUAUUCGAUAUAAUUGUAAACAGUUUGGUUUAUUCCUGAAAUGGUAACGAUAGUAGUAAUGAUGGUUUACAAUAAAUGCUACAACAACUACAUAAAUGACAAUGACACUUUUAUAAAAGCUUAUUUUCUCGGCCGUUUCGUCUUAGCUAAAGCACAUUUUGGUGCUUUGACACACUGUGACUGUGUCUGAUACAUAACGAUUAGAGCAAUAUCAUAAGAAUUUUAUGAAAGAGCAAUAUUUUGUGUCAUCUCUUGCAUAUCUUUUGCAUUUGAACGUCCCCUUACAUUCUAUGAAUGCUUUGAUUUCGAGCACACAUUAUAAUA